GGGGGAAGAUGCUCCUCGGAGGAGUUUGCAGCCUGAGCUUUCAUUUAUCAGUCCCGAAUGCUGGAAACACCGCUGGUUUACCCGGUGUCUGAUCUAGCUCGGUGUUUGAGAGGCUUCACUGCCUCUUUGUACUGUGCGAGGUUGUAGCCUGCGCUUUUCUCUGCGUGGGAAGUUUUUACUAGCGGGAAUGUCCCGAGAGUAGAGAUGGGAGAUAAAGUGUAAAGGACCUUGCAGAAUUGGCUUCUGAAUAAAUGCCUUUUGAUUGCAAGACUGCUGAAAUGUGUUGAGGGCUGCCUCUCCCUUCCUAACCAUGAACAGUUCAAAAUCACCAGGGCUGGCUGGAUUUGGAAUCUUGAAAAACACAACCUGCCACACAGAGAAGAAGAUUUCAGUUUUCUUUUCAAUAAUCUUCAUGACGGUGGGAAUUUUGUCCAACAGUCUCGCUAUAGCAAUUCUAUUGAAGGCAUAUCAGCGAUUUAGGCAGAAAUCGAAAGCCUCCUUUUUGCUUCUUGCUAGUGGUUUGGUCGUCACAGAUCUCUUUGGUCACCUCAUCAACGGAGCCAUUGCAGUGUUUGUGUAUGCAUCGGAUAAAGACUGGAUUCGAUUUAAUCAGUCCAACAUUCUUUGCAGUGUUUUUGGCAUCUGCAUGGUUUUCUUUGGUUUGUGCCCACUCUUCCUGGGCAGCGUGAUGGCUGUUGAACGGUGCAUUGGAGUCACUAAGCCAAUAUUUCACUCUACAAAAAUGACCUCUAAACAUGUGAAAAUGAUGUUGACUAUGGUAUGUCUAUUUGCUGUUCUUAUAGCUUUGCUACCUAUUCUUAGGUUUAGAGCCUAUCAAAUUCAAGCAUCGAGGACCUGGUGCUUCUAUAAAACAGAACAUGUUGAGGACUGGGAAGACAGAUUUUAUCUCUUACUUUUUUCUUGCCUUGGGUUACUGGCCCUUGCUAUUUCAUUCUUGUGCAAUGCUGUCACAGGAAUUACCCUCUUAAGAGUCAAAUUUAAAAGUCAACAAAGACAAGGCAGAUCUCAUCAUUUUGAAAUGAUCAUUCAGCUCUUGGCUAUAAUGUGUGUUUCUUGCAUUUGCUGGAGUCCAUUCCUGGUGACAAUGGCCAGAAUUGGGAUAAAUGACAGUCAUUCAAAGGAGACCUGUGAAACAAUACUUUUUGCUCUCCGAAUGGCAACGUGGAAUCAGAUUUUAGAUCCCUGGGUGUACAUUCUUCUCCGGAAAGCUGUACUUAAAAACCUGUACAAGAUCACAAGGGGGUGUUGUGGUGUGCACAUUGUAAACUUACAUAUGUGGGAACUCAGCUCCAUCAAGAAUUCUUUGAAGGUUGCAGCAAUAUCUGAGUCACCAGUAAGUUCCAAACAAAUCAACCUACAGCCAUUCAGCUCUACGGGGCAAUGAAGUUAAACACAGUGUAUGAAGAGAUGAUGGAGGCAAUGCUCGUACGUGGGCAAUACCUUAAAAUUAAUUCCAAGGUUUGAUGGUUUGGAAUUUGUUUGAAAUUGUGAGUGGUUUGCCGAUAUUGCUACUCCAAAAGAUGCACUUGAAUGUUUUAAUUCCGUUUAGAAUACAUCCCUUCCGAAACCGGUAGUAGACUGGUAAACGAUCCUGUAUUUCUCCCUUCCAGGUACUAAAGUGAAGAGGGUUCCUCAUAAUACUCCCCACCAAAUCCUUUACCUUAGCAGACUUAGGAACAUAUGCAAGUGUGAAAGUGAACUCCAAGAUGAUUUUUAAAAGGGGUAGGUUUUAUCUACCAGUGAUAUCCCCAAAUCCUUUGCAGAAUCACUGCUUCCCAGGGUAGAGUUCACCAUCCUUUCCAUAAGGGUAUUCUUUGCUUCUGGGCAUUGAAUUUUCCAGUUGGAUAUAUGAAAGACAUUUUGGUUGUGCCCAGCUUAUUAAAUGAUCCGGUUUGCUUGGUUCAUUGACUUGAUUUCUUAAUUAUUUACUGUUCCAUACAUUUUUGAGGGAGCUGCAUCAGUGUAAGCAUUCCUUUCAAAUCACUGACAAAAUAUGAGGUUCCCUGUGGGAACACAGAAGCAGCUCAGCUCGCUUACAGUUACAUGUUCAGAUCUAUCAGUGAGUUUUCAGUCCUUUCAACAAAUGUUGUUGAUACUAAGAGGCAUAAAGCUGUGGUUAUUCUGUAAGAAGAAGAGUGUGGGAUUUUUUUCCGCCAAACUGAAGGAAGUUUCUUGAAGUGUUCCCCUAAUGCAUAUACUGAAAUGCUUAUGAGGUACCUCCGCUUCAUUUGUAAAAGGUUACUUAGACUUGUCUCAUGAAAAAUGUGAGUGAUCAAAUGAGCAUCUCUGCAGGGAAGUGCACUGGGAGCGUGGUUUUGUUUGUGAAAGCAAAUGGCACUCUCAGUUUCUGCAGAGUCUGUGUCUGAGGGCAUUCAGUAUAUUUGAAGGUACCAGCAAGUUUCUAGGACUUGACACAGAAGGCCCUUCACCUUUAAUGCUGCUAAAAGAAACUUUGUCUUUUUGUGACUGAAUUCUGUUCAGAAGCAAAAGUGAGACUAUCAGAGACUUUGUAGCAGAGGGAUUGUUUUAAGAUAGAAAUGUCUAUGUUAUUUUUACCUACUUAACUUCAAAUAACCACAUUAGUAAAUUGUUGGUAUAUUUGGACAAAGUAGUUAAAAACUGAUUCCCAAGAAGACAGUCUGAGGGACCAAAACUAUUCCUGAACUACAAAUUCAUGUUGUAUGUGAGAAUAGUUUAUGUCACAAAAUAAAAACCCAAAAGGUUUAAAUAUUUCAAUUUCUUGUUUUAAAAGCUAUUUCCUUUUUGUUUUAAAAAGGUUGAAAAAUAAGUGGGUUAAAUAACCCUGUAAUGAAUUGAAAUGGCUUCAUUUACCCUAAAGAAUUUCUGUAUGUGAUUUAUUUUCUUAGUCACAGAGCUGAUAAACUGUGGACAUAUUUGAUGCUGGUAUAAGCUUCGCACUGUUGCUUCAUGUGGGUUCUGCUGAAAUCUGGAAGCAUUGUCAGUGCUCUGUUUGGCUUUUUCGUUUCAUAGAAUGUGAUGCCAGUGUAUCUGUUAACAUAAAUUAUUUGUUCUUUACGGAAGGUUGUUGUUUUAGCAGCUGCAAAAAUAUGUUGGUCCAUAAAUUGUUGAGAUAUUUGAUUGGUGAAUGAAGCUCAUCAAUGUUCAAUUUUGUUAUGUGAAUAAAUGUAGCUUGUGUAGUUCAUACUGGUUGACCUGUAAAACAAACAAACGAAAGUUUAUAUGUAUAUGUGAUUUCUUAUAUUUUGUGUACUAAUAUGUAUUGAUUGUAAAUUGCAAAGCCUCAUUAAAAUUGUCAAACUGUA